GAGCAGGCCGAACCCAAGCCUCACCAAAAAAAAUAAAAAUAGAGCAGGCAAUGGGCAGUGAGACCAAAGUAAAACCACUUGUACUCGAGCAGCACUAGCCCUAAAAUAGUUAAGGAGACGAGUAUGGCGAUGGCUGUUCGAGUUAGACGCAUGAAAGAGGCUUAUAUGCUGCUCCCUCUUAUUUCUGCUGGAAAAAACUGUAACCUACUCGUAAAACACACCAAUUUUUGCCCGCGUCUUUUAAAUUAUUAUUCGAAAAAUUCAUGUGCAGAUAUCAAUAGGUAUUCAACUGUAUCAACUAUAUCAACUAUAUCAGAAGCAGUGCCGGAGUCUCUUGUACAACUCAAUAUCCCCUUCUUCAUUAAGUCUACUAUUGAUAAACCUGAAGACCCUUCUCAUUGUUGGUUAAAUGGAAUUCCGGAUAAGAAAUCUCUGAAAGAUGGCAUCUUCCUGGUUCUCAUAGCUGGGUUUGUUGAUAGUUCCUCAAUCACAGAGGCCAACUUUGUUAGCGUGCUCGAGAAAGUCAAGUUUCUCCAGCAUAGAUAUCCUUUCCUUCAAAUAAUUGGUUUCCAGAAUACCAAGAUCCCACUUCACUCCAGUGAUAUUUGCACACAUCUGUUUAGGAGAACCUUGAGAGAAUACAUUUCCUUUCCUAUUCUGCUUUCUAACAAGGAUGUUCUGGAGGUAUGUUCACAUAAUUUGUUGCUCAAUUAGUGCGGUUCAAAGGAUCUUGUUCAAUCUACUUUUUUUCAUUUAUAGUGUCUUACGACUUGAUAGAUGCUUCAAAGGACUGAGUUUCUCUUUUACAAUAUCUGUAGUUAGUCAGAAGGGAGUUGCAAAUUUUACUAUUCAAUGAAGAUCUGAACUUUCUGUUA